AGGGAAGAGGGAGCCGGCUUGGGAAAGCUGGAGCGGGCUCUGUAGGGCAGCAGGGCGCCUGAGGCCCAGCACCAUGCAGCCCCACACUGAUGUGUAGCUCCUGUGGAGCCUCUUUGCCUGCAGACCCGCAGGCGAAGGGCUCCCAGCUCUUGCUAAAUGUCGGGGUGCAGCCUGCCCCUUGCCCCGGCUUGCCCUGAGCCCUGUGUCCUGCCCUGUGCCCUGGGCUGCUCCUGGCUGGCGAGCGGGACGGCGGGACAGGCUGCUCCUGCGUGGGCAGUGCUGCCCGCUGGGGCUGCCGCCUGGCUCCAGGUUGGUGGCUUUGCCUGGGAGAACUGCGGUGAUGGGAGGGACCCCGUGGUUCUGCAGAGUCUCUCUGUGGCACCUGACCCCAUCAGCAUCCCGGGGAGCCUGCGCAUCAGUGCAGCUGUCAAAAGCGGCAAGGCCAUGGCCUCCCCUCUGAAGGCAGUGCUGGUGGUGGAGAAGGCGCUGGGUGACCUCUGGAUCCAGCUGCCCUGCAUCGAUCAGCUGGGCAGCUGCACCUACAAUGAUGUCUGCACCAUCCUGGACAACCUCAUCCCGCCUGGCACAACCUGCCCGGAGCCCCUGCUCACCUAUGGCAUCCCCUGCCACUGCCCCUUCAAAGCGGGCUCCUAUUCCCUGCCGGCCAGUGACUUCAUCCUGCCCGACAUGGAGCUGCCUUCCUGGAUGACCAACGGCAACUACCGUGUCCGGGCAGCUGUCAGCAAUGGCGGGGAGGAGCUUGCCUGUGUCAAGCUGGCCUUCUCCCUGCAGUCCCAGUGAGGGGCAGGGGACUGUCCCUCCUUUACCCCACACCUCCCUGUCCCAUCCCAUCCAGUUGUGCCCCAUCCCAUCCCAAUCCAUCCCUGUGAGGUGUGCCCCUCCUGCUGCCAGGAGGAGGCAGCCCUUGUACCCCUGCCUGGUGCCCCCUCCCCUGCUACACACAGAAGGGCCCCUCUGGCUGUCCUGCUGUCAACCAGGGUAUCCCCUGCCCCGGACAGGGUGGCCUUGGAGCCUGGCCCCAGCCUUUCAGCAUGAUCUGGAGGUAAUUAUUUUUCACUCGUUUUUUUUUUUUUUUUACUUAAUCCUAUCAGGGCAAUUUUAGACAAAAAACAUUCCAGGGAAAAGCAAUACUUCUUGGAGCAGUCCGUGGGGAGGAGGGAGUGUUUGGCAGUGCUGGGGCAGGCUGAAGGGAUGCAGGAUUAGCUGCGGAGGGUGUCCCUGCUUGCCCCCACCAUCUCUAGGCAGAGCAUAGGGUUGUUUUGCAGAAGUGUCCCCAGGGUGGCUGCAGGAGACCUGUCCUCCCCCCAGCAGCUCUGGGUGUGCCUCUGGCUCAUCCCUGUCCUGCACAUGGGAACAGCUUGGUCACACAAGGCACCUGUGGGGGCACCUGCCUGUGCCCCUUCUGCAACAAACGUCACAAGCAUAAGAGGACUGAAGCCACCUGAGCCCCAGAUGGACAUUCCCACUUGCAAGGGACCAAGCGGCUGGUGCUGCUCCCAGCAGCAGGAGAGGUGGCUGGCCACCAGUGCUGGCUCCAGGGCGCAGGGGGCAUGGCUGCCACAGGCAGCUGGGGCACAGCCUGGCCGAGAACAAGUCCUACUCACCUCAUUUUGCUGCUGGGACUGAGCUGAGGGAGGGCGUUGUGCUGGGGCUAUCCUUCCAUUGCAUUGGCAGAGGCACCUUUACCUGUAGCAGCAUCCUGGACAUGGGGUGGACUGGGAGAUGACCAUGAAGACCAGUAGGCUGGGUCCUGUCUGGGGGCCCUGCAGCCCAUCUCCUGGUUGUGGCUGGGGGUUGGGGCGUGGGCAGGCAGCAUCCCGCCUGCCUGCAGCUCUGGGCAGAGCAUUUGCCAUCACCUGCCUGUGCCAGGUCCCCGCAGGGCAGAGGUGCAGGUGACCCACCAGCCAUGCACAUCCCUCCCCCCCUCACUGUCCCUGCCUGCUCACAUUAUUUAGCCCCUCCAUAGGGCUGGUCUUCCUCCAAGCACUUUAUACGCCUUAACUACUGCCAGGCUGCCCUGGUGGGAGGUCCUCUGCCACACAGACGUGUUCCUGCUGCCUUUCUGUGCCCUCCACUUGCUUUGUUUCAUCCUGCUGCUGGGUCCGACCCAGGUUUGUUUUACCUGGAGAUGUGCUAACCCUCUCACCCUGUUCCCUGCUGCCGCGCAGUGCCUGUGCCAGGGUGGCAUCCUCCUUUCGGGAAGGUACUGUAGGUUCUUAAUAAAUCUUUUUACCAGGAA